CGCUUUUACGCGGCGCCUCCCAUCUGUUUGAUUUCUUCAAAGACUCAAGCCAUAUAAAUAUAGCAUUUGUCAUCUUCAGGUCCUCUCUCGUCUCGUUUUUUCACAAACCCAUUUCCAUUUUUUUUUUCCUUUAUUUGGAUUUGGGUUGGGGUUUUAAACCUGUCUUCACAAGUUCUCCGAAUCCACCAUUUUGUUUGAAGAGGUGUCAUUCUGUGGCUGAUUGGUUGACGAUCCUGUCAUUUUGGUUUUUGGGCAUUUUAGUAACUAUCUUGUAGCUUAUACUCAAAAUGUUUGAUUUUUUGUGGUCUUCAAAAGCAAAGCCAGGUGACCCACCGCCUUCUUCACAGUCUACUUAUGCUUCGGAUGAUGAACCUGAUAAGAAUCAAAGUUUAAAGGCUUCAAGGCGAACUGCUUCUGAACCUUCACUUACGGGAAACUUCAAUGAUAAAUCAAGAGAAAAGUACAAGAAUGAUUUCCGCGACUCUGGAGGACUUGAGAAUCAAAGCUUACAAGAACUUGAGAAUUAUGCUGCAUAUAAGGCUGAGGAAACAACAAAUACUACUAUGAACUGCUUGAGGAUUGCUGAGGACAUCAGAGGGGAUGCUACGAAAACACUUGAAAUGUUGCAUCAGCAGGGUGAACAAAUUCAUAGGACACAUGAGAUGGCUGCUGCCACAGAGAAAGAUUUGAGUAAGGGUGAAAGACUUUUAAACGAUCUUGGUGGCAUAUUCUCAAAGCCCUGGAAGCCAAAGAAGACUCGAGAGAUUACAGGGCCUUUAACCGCGCCAGAUCAACCAUCCAAAAGAAAAGAAAACUACAAAGAGGAGAGGGAAAAAUUGGGUAUGCCUCCUGCACCGAAGGGACGCUCAGCUAGUAAGACAACUUCUGAACCACAAACUGUCAUGCAGAAAGUAGAGCUGGAGAAGCAGAAGCAAGAUGAUGCCAUUUCAGAUUUAAGUGACAUCCUUGGUGAUUUGAAGGGCAUGGCAGUUGAUAUGGGAACCGAACUUGACAGGCAAAACAAAGCUCUUGAUCAUCUCUCUGACGACGUGGAUGAGCUUAAUUCUCGAGUUAAAGGUGCCAACCAGCGCACACGCAAAUUGCUGGGAAAAUGAAUGAUUAUGAAGCUUCUCAGAAUUUUUCUUAGCCACAAUCACAAUCUUUUUUACCUUCAUUCUGAUGAGAUAUUUAUUUAUUUUCUUUUUUACAAUUUACUUUUAUUUUUUUGGAAGAUGUCAUUGGGAUAUAAUUUUUGUAUUCUUUUACACUUCAAACUUAGCGUUAAUACAAUUGACAGUGCCUUCCAGGAGCAAACAUUGCUUUA